AUGAAAUCAAGAGAGAGGCACUCCCUUGAAUUGCCCAUCGGCAGCAAUACCCCAAUCCAUCAUCAUGAGGACACUAUGCAACAUUGGGAAAAAUGGCAAUAUUUAGUGCCCCGUUGGAGUAGCCCUGAACUAUCCUCAAUCGUAUCUACCACGGCAACUGCAUCCGUUGUUUCCCAGCAAGACAAGCAUUGUGAAUGGGAUGAUGAACAUGAUGAGGAAAAGACAAUCGGGGAUACGGAUCAUGACCAUCACAUGAACGAAGUUGAGAAAAAGGCACUGAUUUCAUUGUGCAAAUCGCUGAUGCUGUAUGGAGCCCCAUGCCAUCGCAUAGAAGAAGCACUAGAGCAUGUAUCAAAAGCACUAUCACUGCACGCCACCUUCAUCUUUAUACCCGGCAUCAUGAUGAUGACAUUUUACAACACACCCAUCGAUGAGUCAACCACCACAACGCCAUUGUUUCCAUGGCAACAAUGCUACUGCCACUCUCAAACCAUCCUUGUGCAGUGCCCUCAGGGCUUUGAUAUGGGAAAGCUGACCAAAGUCAAUCGGAUCAUUCAACGCAUGUGUUUAAAGCAAGAGGAAGAACAUCAUAUGUCUGUGGUACAGAGCAUCCAGUCAUUACAAGAAAUCUUUCAAGCUAAACCAACCUGGAAUGCCUGGAUAACCCUGCUAUCAUACACACUCAGCAGCUUAUUUACAUCGCUCAUCAUGUUUCAUGGGACACUCAUAGAUACGGCACUCAGUGGUGCUCUUGGGCUGCUCGUCGGUUUAUUGAUUCUACUAUCCGAACGAUACACAGCGUACUGCAAUAUAUUUGAGAUCUCGACAACAGUAUUGAUUGCGUUUAUCGCAAAGGCAUUGGAUCAAUGGAUAUGCUUUACGGGUGUUGUGUUGUCAGCUACUUCCAUUUUGAUACCAGGAUAUACGUUAACCAUGUCCAUCAUGGAGCUAUCCGCACGCCAUGUCAUUACUGGCACUGUCCGAUUUGUAUAUGCCAUGAUCUAUGCACUGUUUAUAGGCUACGGGUUGGAGAUUGGAACCAGUUUGUACGAAGCAGUAGAUGCACAUUCUUCGCCAUCUGUGUUUGAUGUAUGCAAGGGCCAUGCACCAUCCUGGCUUCAUAUCUGCUUAUUUCCUUUGAUGGCAAUCAGCAUGUCUAUCAAUCUAGGGGCGACCAUGCGACAAUGGCCUUCCAUGGUAUGCUGCUCUGCGAUUGGAUUUGGUGUAUCUGUGCUAUCGAGUAAAGUCAUCGCCAAUUUUCAGAUUGUGGGCACCAUAAGUGCUUUCUCGGUUGGUUUAUUUGGAAACUUUUACUUUAAAUUGACAGGUGAUCUUGCGCUAGUGCCUCUAUCAUGUGGUAUUGCAUCGCUAGUACCAGGAAGUAUUGGAAUUCAGGGCGCUUAUUUCUUGAUCCGCCAAGAUGAUCAAGGAAUCUCGUUUGCUACACAAAUGGUAGUGGCUUCCCUGGGUAUUGCAGUCGGCUUGUUUGCAGCUACGUUGGCUGUAUCCGCUAGUGAGCGAAAAAGAGCUGCGUAUUUGUCAUAUUAA